AUGUUCUUUAUAUCUAUGUUAUUUCGUUCACUAUUUAUUUCCGUUUCCUCUUUCUUUACCUUUCACCACUCAACCAUAACUUCUCAUAUUUUCCGUUCUCUACUUUUUUAUUUAUUUUUCCUUUUUUUAAUUUCUUUCUUGCGUGUCGUCUUUCUUUACCUUUCAUCGAUCCACCGUACCUUAUAUACAUUCUAUCACCUCAUAUCAUUCUUUCUUUCUGUCGUUUCCUCUUUCUUUGCCAGUCAUCAAUCCACUAUACCGUAUAUACUUUCUACCUCCUUAUAUUACCAUUUCUUUCUUUUUUCUUUCUUUCUUUCUUUUUUUCUUUCUUUCUUUCUUUCUUUGCCAGUCAUGAAUCCACUAUACCGUAUAUACUUUCUACCUCCUUAUAUUACCAUUUCUUUCUUUUUUCUUUCUUUCUUUCUUUCUUUCUUUCUUUCUUUCUUUGCCAGUCAUCAAUCCACUAUACCGUAUAUACUUUCUACCUCCUUAUAUUACCAUUUCUUUCUUUCUUUCUUUCUUUUUUCUUUCUUUCUUUUUUCUUUCUUUCUUUCUUUCUUUCUUUCUUUCUUUCCUUUCGCAGUCAACAUGCCACCUUAA